UUGUAACUUCCUCUCCUGUGACUGGGGACAUAAAUAUUAGAGAAACAAAAGCCCAGAAUGCUAAGGUUACCACUCUCACUUCCUCUUGCCCCUGAACCAGCAGCAGCACUGCUCUGAAUAUGUUAAUCAUCCUGGGGCACCCGGCAGGGCAAAGAGAAGGCAGCAGUGCCCCAGUGACCACCCCAGCAGGCGGAUACAACGUGUCAUGUUUCACAGAGCCACUUCUGGGCACAGAAAAUGCCAGAAUGAUGUCUCCUACCCGCCUGGUUGGAUGCUGAAUCCCAGCCAUGGCCUUCCUCUCCUGCCUGAGACCUGAGAGCUGGGAGCCUUGUGUGCAGGUGGUUCCUAACAUUACUUACAAAUGCAUGGAGCUGAAUCUCAACAAAAUUCCCAACAACAUUCCUACAUCAACCAAGAAACUGGACCUGAGCUUUAAUCCCCUGAGGCAUUUAGGCAACCAUAGCUUCUCCAACUUCCCGGAACUACAGGUGUUGGAUUUAUCCAGGUGUGAAAUUGAGACCAUCGAAAAUGAUACAUAUCAGGGCCUAAACCACCUCUCCAUCUUGAUAUUGACAGGAAACCCUAUCCAGAAGUUUUCCAAAGAAGCCUUUUCUGGACUCUCAAGUUUACAGACUCUGGUGGCCGUGGAGACAAACCUACAGUCUCUAGAGGAUCUCCCCAUUGGAUAUCUCAAAAACUUGAAGGAGCUUAAUGUGGCUCACAAUCAUAUCUGCUCCUUCAAGUUACCUGAAUAUUUUUCUAACAUGACCAACCUGGAGUACUUGGAUCUUUCCAAUAACAAGAUAAAAAAUAUUUAUCAUAGUGACUUGCAGGUUCUACAUCAAAUGCCUCUACUCAACCUUUCUUUAGACUUGUCCCUGAACCCUUUAUCCUUUAUCCAACCAGGUGCCUUUAAAGAAAUUAAACUCCAUGAACUGACUUUGAGAAGUAAUUUUGAUAGUAUAGAUGUAAUGAAAACUUGUAUUCAAGGUCUGGCUGGUUUAAAGAUCCAUCACUUGGUUCUGGGAGAAUUUAAAAAUGAAAGGAAUUUGGAAAGCUUUGACAAAUAUCUCCUGGAGGGACUGUGCAAUUUGACCAUUGAAAAAUUCCGGAUAGCAUUCUUUGAUGAGUUCUCAGAGGAUAUCACUGACUUAUUUAAUUGUUUGGCAAAUGUUUCUACAAUUUCUCUGGUGCAUCUGUUUUUAAAGAGACCACGAUACCUUCCUAAAAAUCUCAGAUGGCAACGGCUGGAAAUGGUUAACUGUGAAUUUGAAGAAUUUCCCAAAUGGGAGCUGGACUCUCUCAAGGAGUUUGUUCUCACUGCCAACAAAGGCGUGAGCACUUUUACUGAGAUGAAGCUGGAAAGCCUUGAGUUUCUAGAUCUCAGUAGAAAUGACCUGAGUUUCAAGGGUUGCUGUUCUUACACUGACUUGGGGACAACCAGACUGAAGCAUUUAGAUCUGAGCUUCAAUGAUAUUAUUACCAUGAGUUCUAACUUCUUGGGCUUAGAACAGCUAGAAUAUCUAGAUUUCCAGCAUUCCACCUUGAAACAGGGCAGUGACUUUUCAGUAUUCCUAUCCCUCAGAAACCUCCGUUACCUUGAUAUUUCUUAUACUCACACCCAAGUUGUCUUCAAAGGCAUUUUUGAUGGCUUGGUCAGCCUCCAAGUCUUGAAAAUGGCUGGCAAUUCUUUUCAGGACAACUUUCUUCCAAAUAUUUUCAAAGACCUGACAAACUUGACCAUUCUAGACCUCUCUAAGUGUCAGCUGGAAGGGGUGUCCCAGACAGCCUUUGGCUCACUUCCUAAACUUCAGUUGAUAAAUAUGAGUCACAACAACCUCUUGUCAUUGGAUACACUCCCUUAUGAGCCUCUUCUCUCUCUCCAAAUUCUGGAUUGCAGUUUUAAUCGAAUAGUGGCCUCCAAGGAGCAAGUACGACAGCAUUUUCCAAGUAAUCUAGUUUCCUUAAAUCUUACCCGGAAUGACUUUGCUUGUGUUUGUGAACACCAGAAUUUCCUGCAGUGGGUCAAGGACCACAGGCAUCUCUUGGUGGAAGUGGAAGAAAUGGUGUGUACCAAACCUUUAGACAUGCAGGACAUGCCCCUGCUGAGUUUUAGGAAUGCCACCUGUCAGAGGAGCAAGACUAUCAUUACUGUGUCAGUGUUCACUGUACUCAUGGUUUCUUUGGUAGCAGUUUUGGUGUAUAAGUUCUAUUUCCACCUGAUGCUUCUUGCUGGUUGCAAAAAGUACAGCAGAGGCGAAAGCACCUACGAUGCCUUCGUUAUCUACUCAAGCCAGGACGAAGACUGGGUGAGGAAUGAACUGGUAAAGAACUUGGAGGAGGGGGUGCCUCCCUUUCAGCUCUGCCUUCACUACAGAGACUUUAUCCCUGGUGUGGCCAUCGCCGCCAAUAUCAUCCAGGAAGGGUUCCACAAAAGCCGGAAGGUUAUCGUCGUGGUGUCCCGACACUUCAUCCAGAGCCGGUGGUGCAUCUUUGAGUACGAGAUUGCCCAGACCUGGCAGUUUCUUAGCAGUCGUGCCGGCAUCAUCUUCAUCGUCCUGCAGAAGGUGGAGAAGUCCCUGCUGCGGCAGCAGGUGGAACUGUAUCGCCUCCUCAGCAGGAAUACUUACCUGGAGUGGGAAGACAGUGUGCUGGGCCGGCACAUCUUCUGGAGACGACUCCGAAAAGCCUUGCUGGAUGGUAAACCAUGGAGUCCAGAAGAAACGGCGGAUGCAGAAAACAACUAGCAUGAAAUGGUAACCUCUGCCUGGGAAGGAAAAGCUCCCACGGGGCUCUGUGCCCAGCUGGACCCAGGACUUGUUCAGUUAACGAGUACUAAAUGCUGCGACGUCCCUGGCAUUAUGCUAGGGGCUGAUGGUUCAGUGGUGCAGGAGGUUUACAGGACUGCUGACCUCAUGGAGUUUAGUGCACAGGAAAUAAUAGUGUGCUAAAUCACAUACCUCCAGGUGCAUGCUUCCACCAAAUCAGCUCAGGAAUCCAUGGCAUGGAAAGUCAACUCAAUUCUUACUCCAUCAAACUCAAUUAGAACUAAGAGAUGGGGCCCCAGAGAGAUCAGAAAAAGAUGUAAUUCUUCACCCGAGUUUUUGGAAUGGAAACUACCUCAUGUUUUACAUGCUAGCUGUCUUAAAGAUGUUUGGGCAGUUUUAACUGAACAAAGUCUUUGUUCACCUUUCCCUCUUCUACUGAAUGCAACUUAAAUUCCACUCAACUCAGAAGCCUCCUGAUUCAGACCCCUUCACAGCCACUUGAAGCCAGUUUCUUUACAAAGGUUAAAGUCUAGUUACUGAUUCCCAAGGAAAUCUGAUUAACACAUAUCCACAAACAUCCUGGCCGUUCUUUAGUAUGUUCUAUUUAUUAACGAAUCGUGCCUGGUGCAUUUUUGUUUUUACAAAAUCCAGUUCUCAUUUUUCAUGUUUCCUCUAUAAACUCUUAUCAUAAAUAAGACUGUUAGAGACAUGCUGGAAAUUUCCAUAUUCAAGCAAAUAUGUAAAAUACACUCCAUCACUUUGACACUUGAUGUCACUCUGAAAGUUAUUACCUACUAGGUUAUGACUGUCAUGAAAGAAGCAUUAAAAUAAUUUGGUUGAAAGUGGCACUUAUUUUAAUAGAGAGGGACAAAUCCAAAUUCCCAGUUCUGUAAUGAGCAAUUCGGGGCUAAGGGUAUGCCAAGAAAUAGGUUGGCCUGGAGGGCGGUUCUUAAUGGUCCCAGAAACAUAGGGCUGAUACAGCUGGAAUGACCAUGCAACACGAACCACAGCAGUCGCUUCUGCAGGAAAUGAGUAUUUGCUGAUGGAACAUUGACUUGUUCAGGGGAUUAUGAAAUAGUUCAAGGUGGGAAGUGCACACUGCUGCUUCCUGUUGAGUACUACUCCCCAUGACCACAUUCAGGAAAGGGUAGAUAUUAUCACUGAGAAAAUAGUCUCACUGAGGUUAAUGUGGUCAUGUUAAGGGGAAUUCUUAGAAGAACACACACCCUUCUUCUUCUGGAAGAACAAUAAAGUAAUCUGGAAAAUAUGGUUGUCAAAACUGAAAACAUAGCCACAACCCAGGAGUGUGUUUGUGACUGUUUCAGAGUAUAUUUUGGUUGGAGCAUAACUGGAGUUGUUGAACAUACCUGGGUGUGCUUAUAGGUCUUACAUGGCAGUGAAAGUAGAUCUGUGUCUUUGUGUGCAUGCCUCUUUGUGUUGCUGUCUGUGUCUGUGUGUAUGCAAGAGUGUGUGUGUCUGUGUGAUCAUGUCUGCAUGGAACAGUGUGAUUCUCUUGCAAGGGGAAUAUGUGCAUUUGAUGUGGAUGUCCACAGCUAUUUGAGAUAGUUUCUCUACUCCUGUGUUUGUAUGUGAUUGCUUAUAUACGACACCUGUGUUAGAUUUGAGUAUGCCCAAAGCCGUGUGUUUUUGUGUGUACACAGGCUAUCAUGAGUGUGCUUAUGUUCAUAUUUGAGUGCGGGUUCUGCAGAUGUGUGUUAGUUAAAGCAAAUAUACAAGACCCCAAGGAGGAAAAUCAAAAUGAAGCUGGAAUGUUUCUUGUAUACAAGGUUGAUGCUGGCCUCCUUCCCAUCAGUCCCCUCUCCCAAAUGGGGAUUCUGAAAAUUGCAGGUGAAGCAGAUAAGGAGGGAAAGAAACAAUAGGAUGGAAACAUAAGGGGAGGAAAGAGGAAAGUCAGACCAGGAGCAGAUUCUUUGAAGCCAUUUAAGUUCUCUGGAUUAAAAGGAGACCACAAGUGGAGUAGAGAGAAAUUAAUACUAAUUAGAAUGCCUUCAAUUUGUGGAAUACACUGCAACUUAGAGCACAGUCAUACAAUUAUGACCACAUCUGAAUUUCUUAUUAUCUGGGGGAGGUAGCAAGUUAAGAAUUAAUUUCCCUAUUUUACAGUCAUGAAAACUGAAGUUGAAGGAAGUAAGUUUAUUAUCAAUAGGCUGCAGUAUAAGUGAACAGCAGGGCCUGAACUUGAGCCCACAGCCUCCUUGGGGCAGCUCACUUUCCACCGCACCCCAGUGCUUCACGCUUUAAGUCAGUAAAACAAGAAGUGAAACCGCUGUAGUUCUCUGGGUAGUCAACACUGGUCAAGAGUUUUUCACUGAAACCGUGAAUCAUUAGGAAAAUACAUAUGCAUAUAUAUAUAUGCAUAUAUAUGAGUGAUUUAUUCAUAACACUUUCCUUUUCAUAAAAGGAUGUGAGGGAGAUUCAAACAAAGUAUUCCUGGACAAUAAGGGGACUCGACAAGAGCUAGAAAAGCAGGACAAAGGAUGAAAAAGAGGAAAGGUAGACACUAGGAGUAAACUUUAAUAUCAUGCUUCCCCAUUCAGACUCCAGAGAGAUUCCCCCACCCACCAUAGUGUUUUGGAUAGUCGGAGAGUGUGGCUUCUAGAGAAAGUCAAAACUCAGACAUAACCAUUUACCAUGACUGUUCGGGGCUUCACAUUCAUGAGCGCCUGGCUAACUCCAGUAUAAAAUGGGGGUGGGCUAUUACCAUCUGAAUGGCUGUCAGUAUUAAGCAUGAUUGCAUGUAUAAGGGAUACUAUUUUUAUGGAGGACUAAUCCUCUGGGAUUUCAUAAACAGUGAACAGAACGAAAUAUUGAGUGGUCUUCUCAAAACAAAAAACCAAAAAACCAA